AUAACAUUGAGUGCCUGCGGCCACAACUACCCACAAGGAAGAGGUUCUGGACCGGCAGGCCGCAUACACAAAUAAGAAAAUGUCAGCCCUCUAGAAGGUUGAGCCGGCUGCCGCCCAAGAGGAUGUGGCGGAACUUUGCGGGUCGCUUUGUGGGAGACAAAGAUGUUGUCCGCGUUGAAGAGUUCGUCUCCGCCUUUCCGACAGCCACGCCCGGUUCGGCAACCCUAAAUGGAACUACGACCGGUGGUGCUGGUGGUAGCUCAAUAGCGGCACCUGCGAGCAGCAGGCCUCCACCAAACGUCCGACUCGCAGAUGCCGCACAGGCCGUUUCUGUUUCGCUCAGCGAAGCGAGGAAUCGAAAUAAAUUUCGAGGUGUCACGAACAAGAGAGCACCACAGCAUCAUCAAGGGCAAGGGGUCGCUGCCUCAACAAGCGCAGUUAAUGCUGGCGGUGCUGCGCCCACGACUCCUCGAGAGCACGAAAGUAGCGUGAGGAACUUCCAAGCGCAAGAAUACAAGCGCAAGAACUCGGAGUUUCGACGUAAACAGGUUCAGGUGGAAGCACAGAAGGAACGACAGAAGAGACAGCAGGCACAAGAAUACGAGGAGAAACGGGAGAAGCGGCGUCAGAGUCGAGUUGAUGCGGCCGAAGCCAAAGCUCGAGAGAAACAGCAGGCUGCUCCUGGAGAAAAUGGUGGACGUGGCAAACAUGCUGGGCAUGCAGGCGGAGUCGAUACGAAGCUGACUGCAAUCCAAGAAAACGGGAGAAACGUGACUCCGCCACAAGCCGCUCCGACAUUCGUCACUCACAACGUCGCCAUAGGAUCGAUCGCACGAAGUCGGGCUGCGAGCCGCAGGGGGUCAGUGUCGAGUGUUAUUGGAGGUGUCGUGAGCGACAAUAUGCUAAUGACAGGCACAAUAUCACAGGGUAGUACCUCACAUGGACAAGAACAUGAGCAACAAAACCCGCCUGUUCUUCGUGUGGACGAGGAAGAUUUAGAUGGCCAGAUAGACCGAGACAAUCCUGAUUGCUGGGCAACUGAACCGGGCUUCGGCACGAGGGCCGAGCACCUCCAUCAACAACAAAGCGGAUCGUUUGCUCCUAGUAGCUUGUCGGACUUAGAAUACGGAAAUCAUGUUCAUGGUCAUGACUACUACCUAGAUGAAGAGCACCAUGCGGAUGCCGUAGGGUUGUAUGGAGUCGGGGUUGAUGAAGAUGAUUUUUAUGGGGAUCAGGACGGGGACGGCGCCAUGCAGCAGCAGCGUGUUGAAGGGACUGACGAGUUCGCAACUUUCUCACUUACAGCGGUUCCCGAUGGUGGUCAGCAGGCACGUGCAAUGGUAAGAAAUGUUGUAGUACAGCCUACAGUCUUCUUCCGAAUUUGAAUCUUCACGGGCGAGCGAGCUCAUCACUAAAAAUAGAGGCGGCCCUGAGUGAUCACUCGACACCAUCAUCAGGUAGACCAUGGCGACGCGUCUCAGCUGAAAUCAGGUGGCCAAACGCAAUCGCAUCCUCGCGGAGGCGCGUCACAACCUAAAAAUCCGAGGAAAAAGGCAUCUUUUAGGCGUCAUGGGCCACCAUAUGGCUCUUCGGGGAGCGGCGCAGCGUCGUCCAGCAAAUCUGUCGCGUCAGAUGGCCUAAAUCCCAGCGAACGCGAUCCACACUUGAAUUAUUCGGAUUAUCAACGACCCCCCGGUGCCGGAGGUGCAGGAGCUCCACACAACGGGGCGCUGAAAAGUGAAGCGAUGAUGUCAGAUUUAGAUGCGUUUCGCGCAUUUAUGGCGAACAGGCCGCAGUUGAUUCCAUUGGAGCCGAAGUCUAAUCGACCUCAAACUUACAAGCGUAGCCUCAGACGGAUGCAACAGCGCUUAUUACAGAACGUGGCGACGUCAAUUCGAACUUACAUUAUGCAACAUCGAUCUGAAGUAUAUUUAUAUAUAACAGAGUUAUCAACUUCCCGCUUUGUAUGUAUUUCAGCAGCGUGCCGACGAAGUUCACUCCCCCAAUUUCUAAAUUGGAAACGGAGGUACGCGAUCAGCUAGCGCGGAUUUUGCAAGCGAGCGAGUUGGCGUACGACUCGGAGCGAAAUCGUGCGAACGAUCUAAAUAAACUCUCCAGUCUUACGCGACCUCAAUUGAGAGAGUGGCGGCGCAUCAAAAUGGCUGGAAAUCCGAAGGAUGCACGAUUUCUCAUGCCCUUUGUGAAGUGAAGAAUGUGAAGAAUGCCGCACUUUCACAAUAGAGAGGAUUGCGGAGGAUUAUCUAAAAUGCUCUCUAUGUUCUCGUGAAAAAAUGGGAAUGAAGGUUACUGCUCCUAGCAUAAAAUGUAUGAUCGCAUUGUUCCUAAAGAGUGCAGGACUGCUUCUCCUCCACCUCCUGCAAAGUAGAAAAAUGAACUGACGCGGAAAGCGAAUGCAAACGGAAAUGAUAGUAUGUAUCUAGCAUCAAAGUCCAUUGGCUCGCUGCCUCGCAACGUUACUAAGGGAACAGUAAUUUUAUGACGCUAUCAUGACUAUGAAGAGAUCUCGAUUCAAAUUUAGGUAUUUCGUUUCGCAUGUCUGCUAUCUAUGGACAGCCGUCCAGCGCCAGAUGAAAGGAUCUUAGUGUAACUGGAGCUGAAUACAUUUCCAAUUCCAGGUAGAAUUCAACUUCACCUUAGCUAGAGCUGAAUUGAAACCCUUUUAGAAUUGCCAUGCUGGCCUCAGCGCCAAAGGAUCAUCCGCGAAAGCGAUCAGAAGAACUCUUAGGCCUCUAAUAUUUCCACACUGGUGGUGGUGUGCUUGGGAUGGAGAUGCAUUCGCAAUGUUGCCAUCAGAUUACUGUGCUCCUUCUAGCCUAGAUCUAAAAUUAACGUGAUCACUCUGCCUAGACCAGUUGCAAUUUAGAUUUCCAGUCGGUCCUCCCCGUUUGCUUUCUCAUUCUGCGAUCAGACAGAAAAACCCCUCUCAAUUCCUAAACUUUGAGAUCAUCUGAUAAGAAGACGAAUCGCUCCGUAGAAUAAAAUCUAAAGGAGAUUUGUAGAUCCACCUCAUUCUCGUGUGGUGGUCCUAAGAUCCCUGAUCUUUUCUGAAGCUUGUGAGACUUCAAGAAACUUGUUACGUCGGUCGGGAAAUGCUCCCCCGCACUUAGAAUCGUCUUUGACUGGAACAUCUUACCACAACAAAGAUCCGAGUCAGUGUAAUCAGUGUUUUAGAUCGAAGAGGAGGAUUUGGAUCUUUAAUGACCACUGAAAGUGAAAGAUCGGCCUGACAGAUCCACGGUCACGGACACGAUUUC